UGGUCAUACGUCAUAUAGUAAUUAAUUUGUGAGUAAAAAUCGGCGAACGUGUCUAUAUUUAUUAUUUUUAAUGUAAGGAUAACAUUAAAAUUACGAAGCAACACUGCAGGUUAAGUGGCGACAUUAAUGUGCUUAAUUUGAAAAUAAUUAGCAGACCAAGAAUAAACAGCAGAUUGUGUGAGGAUUAAACAAUCCAGGUGCUGUCCAAAAUGAUACUGUUCGAGGGGUUUCAGAACAGACAUCCAAUGCAUCCCAUGCAAAGAAGGGAGCCACCAGUUCCUCAUGGUGACAAUUUGGGCAAUCAGUGCGUGGAGGAGAACCAUGACGACAUAUCCUCCUUGCACAAACGACAAACGACGUCUGCAAAACACUUGUGCAUUUACGAUAUUUUCAACAAACUUCAAAGGUAUGGAGAAUACGAUAUAGGAGGCACUUUCACCGACAACGAGCCUGACUUAUGGUUCUAUUUCAAUACCUCUUUCUGCCCGGGGAACAAGUGUCUUCUCAAUCUAUUUGUAUGUCUAAGAAAAGUGGGCAGCUUCAGCAUCGGUAUAAGCAAAUCUCCUGAAGUCACCCACGGACCAGUCACAGCCAACUCACCUGGACGAUCUUACUUACCAUAUGAAUUUAAAUGGCAAGUGUUCAAGUCAAAUCAGCCCGAUGAGAAAUAUUUUGUAAAAACUUACUGCUUUACACCGAAGAACCUGGAAGGCAGGAUACUCUGCAUUCCUAUAGUGAUUAAGACCGAUCCUGCCAGCCCAUUCAACAUGGAUCUAAUUAAACAAAUUAAGCUUAAUCAUGAUUUUGGUGAGCUUUUAUCAAAGCAGGAGAAAACUAACUAUAUAAUUGAGUCAGCUAGUCGGAAACAAUACCAAGUGCAUAAGAUAAUUCUAGCUGCUCAUAGUCCUCUCUUAAGAAACAAGGUUAAGAAUGACACAAACUCACUAUUCUUGGAUAUAAACGACAAUGAUAUGGAGUUGCUCCUGCAAUUCUUAUAUACAGGUACAAUUAAAGAUAUAUUAAGACAAGAUUGCAUUAAUCUGCUAGAUAUUGCGGGGAAAUUUGAAUUAGGUAACCUUUUUUUUCUAGUGCAAUAUGCUAUCGCUGAACAAAUUAAUGUUGCAAACUGCAUGGAAAUUGCACUCAUAUCGGAGAGAUACAAUUUAGAAAAACUACAAACAACUGUUUUUCAGUUUAUAAAGGAGAAUUCUGAAGUAUAUGAGACUGAAGGAUGGAAAAAUUUGAAUGAUGUAAAUCUAAUAAAGAAAAUGAUUCAGUAUGUGAAUACGAAUAAGAGCACAAAAUAAUUCACAACGAUUUUAUAGUAUUUUUCACAUAGCUUGAAUGAUGGCAGCUGUCAUCUUCAUACAAUUUAUGAGUUAUAUAACGCAAAAAUGUAGAGAUGAUAGCUGUUACCGUUCCCAAACUACCUGUUUGAAAAAUACUAUAGGUUGAGUAAGAUGCGUAAAAUCUAAGACAAUUUCGUGCUUCGAAUCUGACAGGUAAACGAGAUGGCGCUGUACAGCUCCAUACACAUUUUGCGGUAAUUCUGAUUGUCCAAAGUUUUCGAUUGACCGCAAAUAGCGCCAUCUGUUUUGGAUGUCAAAAAAAGGAGCACAUUUUUACCUUAGACUUUACCUCUCUAUUACAAUCAAUUCUCGUUGCUAUAGGUAGCAAUUAACCAUAAUAAUAUUCUUGAUAAGUUGAGUCAUAUUUGUCACACAGUAACAAAUAUAAAAAGUAUCAAAACGAUUUAUAAAUUAUUUGUAGGUAAUAUUGUAAGUGAAACCUUUUAAAAUAAAUUUGUCAUGUUCGUUGCCUUAACAUAAUAGUAUUGAGACUUGGAUAACUGUUAAAUAAAAAAGUCUAGAGUCAGACCAAGAUAAGUUGGCAGCGAUUUUGGCAGCCCAGACAGUGUAAGUGUUAGUUUAAACGUCAAACUUCUAUGAAAUUAUGACGUUAACUUAAUACUUAAGAGCACAGCACAGCGUAUGUCAUUCCAGAUCUAGAGCAGAGCCCAACUGGGGAAGUACCUCCACCUUACAGAAAACCACAGCCAAAUGACACUAGACCCUACUCAUAGUGUGUUCCUGCCGGUGAGUAAGGUUGCCAGAGCUCAACCAGGCUGCGGGGUGUUAGGGUCGGCAAUGCGCAUGUAACUCCUCUGGAGUUGUAGGCGUCCAUAGGCUACGGUAACCGCUUACCACCAGGCGGGCCGUAUGCUUGUUUGCCACCGGCGUAGUAUACAAACAAAACUUCCACAGGCUGGGCUAUCAAAAUCGCUGCCAUGUUAGCUUGGUCUGACUCUUAACAGAUAAAGGCAAGAUCUAGUCAUAAAAAGAAAAAAAUACUCAGGUGUAUUCGGUUAAUUCCGAAAAAAAAAAAAAAAGUGGCGGGAAAAAUUUAAAAAGGGAUUCUUAUUACAACAAAAUAUGAGUGAUUGUAAAUGAUUAUCGGGAUUAAUCAAUUUCCGAAAUUGCCCGAAUACACCUGUACACAUAGACUAGAUACCAACUCACUUCAUAUAUUUUCUAUAAAAUAUACAUAUAUAAAUAAAAUAAUAAUAAUAGGAUCAUGCAUUCGUGAAAAUGUUUACGUUUACCAUUUAGGUAAACUAUUUCUUUUUUGUUAUUUCUACUAAAUCCCGAGCUCUUUGCUUCACGAGAAAGUGUCCUAAAAUUUCCAUACAUUUUUCGAUUCUACCAUUAUUUUCUCGUAGGUACUAGGAUCGAAAGAACUUGUAAUUCUAAGUAGAAAUAACAAAAAAAAAAUGUCCAACAAAAGAAGGUGUACUGUACAACUUUAACCAGGCAUAAUUGGACGCUAUCACUUUGAAAUAAAGUUCAAAAUCAGGUGGGAAUUGUAUUAUCUCUGCUUUACAAAGGCUUAGGUAUACCUAUUAGGUAUUUUAUAUAUAAAAUACUUAAUUGACUUUACCAUUCUAGAUGUAACAACGGAUAUGGGGUAAUAAAAAUAUAUAACUAAUCAAUUCUACUGUAAUAUUAUUUUAUAUAACGAAUAGAAUCAGGCAUUACUUAGCGGAAAUUCAUAUUACAAGUCAAAACCACAUCGAUACAGUCCGUGAAGAAAGGCCUCAAAUCGCUAAUUAAAUUGAUGGCAGCCGUUUUGCGUUCCAAAAAAACGCUACGGCUUUUUAAAUUCCGUUUUCUGUACCCCUAGUGUAACUUUGAUCGACAUCAUAACGUGACGAACGCGUUUGCGUUAAGUCUCAUUUUGUAUAGGAUUUUGAGGUUCCAAAACGUCCCGCUUGGCGCGCUCUUUCGAAAUCCAAUACAAAAUGAGACUAAACGCAAACGCGUACGUCACGUUUGGAAAUCGAAUUUAUUUACACUAGGGGUACAGAACCUACUGCUUAAGAAUCACACGAAGCCGCCGCCAUGCAAUAAAACUAAACGCUCUCAUUUUAAAACAUGCUGCUUAGAUUACAUGACACAUGGCAUAUAUAUUUAAGUAACAUAUGUAUAACUAUGUCUGGUAUUAGUUUCGUUAAAAAUUGUUACACAAAGUUAGAAGUAGGUAGGUACAGUCACCUGCUAUAAUAUGUUACACAACGAGGGCUACAUAAAUAUCUGACGAUCUUAUUUGUGGAGCCAUAAGAAUGUGUCACAUAUUUUUGCGGCCUUCGAAGAAUAACAUUAUUGCAGGUGACUGUACUUCCUUAUCAUUAACUGUUGACACCACCUUACGGCUGGCCGCAAGUGUACGGAUUUUUGUGUGAGUGAACGGGACGUCGCUAUACACAUUCAUAGUGUUAUCUCACUUGCAUCUGUCAUUCCGUACGUUUCCGAAUAAAAAAAACCGUGCGUGUGCGCCCAGCCUACAUGUGAUGUGAAUUACUGUUUCUAUUACUAGUUUAUUUUGUGCAUAUACGUAUAAGUUUAAGUGAUGAUAUUUCACUAAGUAAAAGCGUGAUAUUUAUAAGUCUUCGCUGUAAUGAUACGUACCUACGGUUUUAAACCUUUAUAUAAAGUAAUUUGAAUAGCGUGCCGAAAUAAAUAAAUAAUGUAUCUUUGUAAAUUAUCACA